CGUAUAGAUGACGUUUAGCGCUCGCGGACAUUUUUAUUUUUUUAAUCCUCUCGCCUUAACCUGGGUCAAUUUCGACACAAUAGCGUUAAUUUAGCUUUAUUAGUAGACGGAGAUAACAUGCGCUAGUCUAGGUCAGUCUGAGUUAAUCUCAAGGUGAAAGUUAAACUGGAAUUCAGCCAGACUUGAAUGAGAAAAUAUUCACCAGUAAGCGUUUAUGAGGGUCUUCAGGAUGGCCAAGGCGCGAACGAGCAAGUGGAGGAUGAAACAUUUGACAACGCUAUUUAUCAUCUGUUUUGUUUGGUACGCAAUUAUUACAAGGAGAAAAUUUUCCGACGAUAAAGAAAGCCUGUUACGAUUAUUUUAUCGCUUAGGACAUUUUGGAAAGGAAGCAAGUACAACAAAUCCGCCAUCUCCAUUUUCUGUUAGACAGCUAUCACUUUCAAAAGCGGAAAAGGAACGAAAAGUCAAACACGAUAGUCCCAAAAAAAUUAUUCAAAACGAUAUUGACGUCACAAUAAACACGAAACCACCUAUAAUACUUGUUUGGAAAGCAAUGGAGUACCAAAUGAAAAACUAUAAAACGUUUUUGGAAUAUUAUGCACCAGAAAAUUGUGGAGGUUGCCAGGUGACAACAAAUAGAUCAUUGGUAAAAGAAUGUGCUGCUUUGGUUCAUUUCAACUCACCCGAUCUCAGGAAAUUUCUUGAUGUUCCAGAUCCAAAGUAUAGAAAUCCAGAUCAAAUUUAUGCAUUUUGGUCUCGCGAAACUCCAGCGAAGACUCAACAUUUCAAGGAUGAAUUAAAGAGCGAUAAAUUUGAUAAAAUUUUCAAUCUAACUAUCAAUUUUCGUCAUGAUUCAGAUAUAGUUGAUUAUUUUGGAAACAUAGAAUACGAACUCAGAAUAUUUAAACAAAGGAACAAACGCAACAUGGCAAUUGACAAAAUCUACAAGCAAAAGAACGCUCUUGCAAUAUGGAUAGUAAGCAACUGCGACAGUACCUAUGGAGCCGCAGAACGAAUGAAAUAUGCUAAAUCGUUAAUCAAGGCUGGUCUCAGUUUAACAACUUAUGGCGAUUGUUUCAAUAAUCGCUUCUCUGGACCUGAUAUGAACAAAGAAAUAAUGCGUCAUAAAUUUUACAUGUCUCUCGAAAACUCUAUACAUUGUCCAGAUUAUGUUUCAGAAAAGUUUUGGAGAAAUGGAUUACGAGCAGGUGCAGUUCCCGUAGUUUGGGGACCGACGCGAGAAGACGUUGCUCGUAUUGCUCCAAAACAUUCAUAUAUUCACAGCGAAGAUUUUAAAACUCCAGAAGAUUUAGUAAAGUACUUGAAUUAUUUGGAUAAAAAUGACACAGCUUACAGGGAAUAUCAUGCAUGGCGUUUUGAACCAAUAGAUGAGUCCAUUCCAGAAGAAGACAUUGUACCUAAUCAUUAUUCAACAUUUUGUAGACUUUGUAAAAAAGUUACUCAAAAACCACUAGUUCAUCAAACAAUUCCUUCGGUAACAAAGUGGCUUUAUGAAACUGGAUAUGUUGAUGAUAAAUGCUUCAAAUAAACGGCUAAAUUAUAUUUAAAAUGCUUUAUUAAAUCUAUGCAUCGUUAUAUACCUGUACAGCUGAAUUUAGCGAUGAACUUUUCCUAUGAAUCGUUAACCAUCUUUGUAAAAGUAAUAGUCAUAAUCGCGAUCACUACUUACUACUGUAUUUUAGGAUUUUCAAUUCUAUUCGAGAAAUAUGUAAGCUUAUGGGGAAGUUUGAAUAUCUCAAUAACCAUUAUCUGCAUGCCAUGUACAAGUGUUGAAAUAUAUUUCACUGGUCUAUCAUUUGUUGAAUAGAGAUGAAAUACAAAAUUAAAGAAGUUUUUUUCUGAAAUGAACACAUAAAUAUAUAUUACCGGAGUCCGGAA